UCCAAAUACAAAGAGACUCAUUUAUUAGAUCUGCAUUCACCUGAGAGCUUGUAAUCUCCAUAUUUUCAUACCAACACUUCGUUUACUGUGUUCACCAUGGCUCCUAGCGAUAUAGACCUGUUUAACAGAGAUCCAAAUGAGAUAAAUAGUCACAUCAAGGUUGCGUUCGAGGACGUCUUGGCGGAACCGGAUGGAAUACAAAGCAUCACAUGCGUCUGGUCUUUAUCCAACCUGUGCUUCCGGUUUUGGCGAAGCUGUACUUACAAAUUAAUGACCUUGCUUUGUGGCAUGUGUAUUGCUAUGUAUUGGGGCUGCGAGUUCUCAUACAUAGCUUUCAUGCACAUUUGGUACGUCACGCCUUGUCUCCGUACCCUGGAGAUCAACUGUGUGUCCUGUCAGAAGAUCUACGCUUUGUGCAUCAACUGCUGGGUAGUCCCCUUCUGCGAAGCGUGUGGAAGCAUUUUCAUUCAUUUUAAACGAUAAAACAUGAGAGUUUUUUUUUCUAACCUUAGGAAGUAGUUGAAUUUUUAGUUGUGAACUGAAUGACAAUUAUUUUUUUAAGGAACACUAACUUAUUGUAUCUCGCAUAAUUUUAAGAUAUUUAUAGAAGUAUAUGUGUACCUGUACAACAUUUUUAAUUUAUGUGAAAUAUAAUCACUUCUCAGCGA